CUCGCGUCUUCGCGCCUCCCGCCGUCCGCUUCGUCGCCGGGCUGCGCCGCCCGGAGCUGGGUCGCGCCGUCGCGCGCGCCUCGCCGCCGCCGCCGCCACCCCCGCGGCCUCCCGCCUCGUCGCCGGCCCCACCAUGACGAAGAAGGAGAAGAAGUCCUUCCACCAGAGCUUGUCGGAAUGGAAGCUCUUCCUCUACAACCCCGGCACCGGAGAGUUCCUGGGCCGCACCGCCUCGAGCUGGGGUUUGAUCUUGCUCUUCUACCUGGUCUUCUACGUGUUUCUGGCUGCACUCUUCUCGUUGACUAUGUGGGUGAUGCUUCAGACGCUGAACGAUGAGGUUCCAAAAUACCAAGACCGCAUUCCUAGUCCAGGGGUUUCCAUCUUCCCGAGGGCACCGACUGCACUGGAAUAUACGUUCAAUGCGAGUAAUCCAGAGACCUACAAGGGGCUCAUCGAAGACAUUCAAAACUCUCUAAAACCAUACACUGACGAAGCGCAGAGGAAUCUCUCAGCGUGUACCAACCAAAACACAUAUUUUGAACAGCAAGGGCCCACUUACAUGGCCUGCCAGUUCCCCCUCAACCAGCUGAAUAUCUGCGGCUCUAAAGAUGACACCUAUGGCUAUUCCAAAGGACAACCAUGUUUUUAUUUGAAGAUGAACAGAAUAAUUGGAUUAAAGCCUGAAGGAAGACCAAGGAUAAGCUGUGAAGCAAAGAACAAGGUCAGAGAGAUGACAGCUAUAUUCAAUUAUCCUCCCUUAGGAGCAAUAGAUAUAAAAUACUUUCCAUAUUAUGGGAAAAAACGGCAUCCAAAUUAUCUGCAGCCGUUAGUUGCUAUCCAAAUCGAUUUUCCUCAGAAGACGACCAAUGAAGUCUCAGUUAACUGCACUCUCGUGGACUCACCCAACCUAAAGAACCACGACGACCGCGAUAAGUUUCUGGGACGAAUCUCGUUCAAAGUCAUAAUGCAUAGAUAAAACGCUAGGAUAUCUCCAGAGUAAAUGUGUUGUCUGUCUUCGUUUUGUAUCAGCUGGAUCUGCCAUUCUAGAACUAGGAUCUCACCUUGGAGAAGUGUGUGGUGCCCGACACUGGGGUGAUAAGCUUCCCAGCCACAGUAUUCCAGAGUGACCUGCCUUUGAACCAGGGGAAGUGCCAGGCAGGGUCCUGAAUCUCGAGAUUUUGAACCUUGGAGGGUUCUAGGUAGUUUAAUUACCAGUGUCUAAAGCUUCCUCUGCUGUGUCUGUAAAUAUUUUCUAGAUGAUAUGGUUGACUUGACUUAUUUUGAUGCCAACAGGGUCUGAGAGAUUAAAAAAAAAAAAAAGCUUCAUAGCCACCAUCAAGUAACUUUGAAAUGCCAAGAAGGAU